AUGGAUGCUUUCAUAUCCAGGAAACGUCCACGGCUCUCGGAUUUGAGCGAGGCCAAACAUGAGUCAUCAGGUCCCCACGAAGACACUGAUACCAAGCUAGCAAUACUGCUAUCUCUCUUCCCGACUAUCAAACAGGAUGAGCUAUUGGAUCUACUCGUAUCCUGCGAAGGCUCCGUGGAGAAUGUUGUUGGACUCCUCUCUGCAAAAGGCUCCACAGCAGGCACACCCGUCGGCAAAAAGCGUGCUGCUGUUGCCUCAUCAUUCGGCAUGCAAACAUCUCUCUCAUCACAUGUUUUGACAACUGCUGAAGAUGGGAGCAUGAAACCUUUGCGUGAAAGUGCGAGUAAGAAAAAGCUUCCGCCUCCACAAAAGGGCAAAUCACUACACCUUUACUCGCCGGAAGAUAUUGCCAUGUACACACCAUGUACUAUCAUCCACAACUUCCUACCCGCUAAAGAAGCAAAUACACUUUUGCUUGAAUUACUUGAUGAAUCCAAACACUUUUCUCGGUACGACUUCCAACUCUUCAACCGCACCGUCCAGAGUCCCCACACACACGCUGUGUACGUCUCUACACCCGAAGAGCACCGUCAACAGACUUCGGAAUACACUUACGGUGGCACAUAUCGGUCAAAUGUGCGCCAGGCAACACCGCAGCUACGAUCAGUGUCGCGACAAGUACAGAAAACUGUCAACAGCGAGAUCAACAAACGUAUUCGAGACAUCUAUCCCGACGGAAAGAAGUUACAGUACCAGUCACCAAAGGAGUGGCAACCCAAUGCGGCAUUUGUAAACUGCUACGACGGGCCUACCGAAAGCGUGGGAUAUCACUCCGACGAACUGACCUAUCUCGGACCCCACCCAGUGAUAGGAAGCUUGAGCUUGGGCGUGGCUCGCGAAUUCCGAGUCCGUCGGAUAGUAGCUCGAGACGACGACGAGACUGCGGAAGAAGGUCGCGAUGCAGACAAGACUAGUCCAGGGUCAAAUCCUGCAGGGAACCAGACUGUGUCAGCUGCACGCGCUGACGCCCAAGGUCAAAUCUCCAUCCAUCUUCCGCACAAUUCUCUCCUCAUUAUGCACGCGGAGAUGCAAGAGGAGUGGAAGCACUCCAUCGCCCCGGCUCAAACCAUUUCUCCACAUCCGAUCUCCGGGAACAGGCGUAUCAAUAUCACAUAUCGUUGGUAUCGCGAUUCUCUACACCCACGCUACACUCCACGUUGCAAGUGUGGCGAACAUACCAUUCUCCGGUGUGCACAACGCAAGAAUGAGACGCGAGGGAGAUACAUGUGGAUGUGCUACGCUGGCUUUGCACCUGGAAAGGAAGGGUGUUCGUUUUUCCAGUGGGCCGAGUUUGAUGAUGAUGGGGAUCCGGUGUGGGGAAAGAAAGCCAUCCUGGACAAGGCUCCCACUUUGGAGAAUUUCUCGGCCUCGCAAUAA